AUGAAUAAAAUUUGCAAAAGUUUUAUAUCCAUGCUAAGUCAUGGCCACAUCCAAAAAACCUAUACCUCAGCUGCCGUUUUAGGUAGAAAUCUAUCGUUUAAAAGCGAUUUGUCGUUGGACAAACUCUAUCCCGGCAGUCGUUUGCAAAUGUACACGCCGCCACCGCCCGCCAAUAAAGAUGAGAAAUUUUCCGGUUUUAUACCAAUAAAUAAAUUGGAAAUUACCUACAGUCGCAGUUCGGGACCGGGUGGUCAACAUGUCAAUACGGUCAAUACAAAAGUUGAUGUACGUUUUAAAUUGUCCGAAGCCGAUUGGAUACCAGAGAAAACACGUCAAAAGCUUUUAAAUUCGCUGCAAAAUAAAAUCACCAAAGAAGGCUACUAUGUUGUCAAAAGUGAUUUGACCCGUUCCCAGCAAAUGAAUUUGGCCGAUGCCUUGGAGAAAUUACGUGCCCUUAUUAGAGAAUAUGAAAUUGAGGCUCCACCACCAUCCGAAGAGACUUUGGAAAAACUGCGUAAGAGACAAGAAAAAGCCGCCCGUGAACGUCUCUUUCAAAAACGCCAAAGAUCACAAACCAAGGCUGAUCGCCAAGGACCAUCAUUAGCUGAUUUAUAAAAAAAU